CCCUUCAUUUCAUUGUAUCGCUCUGAAACUAGUCACUCCUUACACACGAGGGUUGUUUCGUUCUACCACCGUCGCCAUUCCAUUCACCUCUUCCCGUUUCUCUGCCGUGGCUGAAACCAACGCCGGAGGAACCCUCAACUCUGCUGCAACGGUCUUCCUUCCGGUGAUCAGCGCUUCCGUUUUCAGAAGAAGUAAGGAUUGCAAGCUCGUUUAGCUUCACUGCAACACCAAACUGUAUCGUUGAUUCUCACUCACAAUCACUCAUACUUUGAGUUUCAUUGCACAAAUUUUGAACUAUUGAACUGAAGGAGAUAACAAAUUGGUACCCGCAACUUUGAGCUGAAGCUUCAGUAGCUCUCGGCCUCGAAUCCCUAUGGAACUCGAGGGCUUCGCCGAGGUCAUUGUGGCCGCACAUCCCUCAUAUGUAGCGGGUGGAAGAAGCAAUUAAGAAAAAAAAGCUUGCAAUGCCCUUUUGUUUGAGUGGUGAAAUUGCACCUUCGUUAUCUGUUGUUUGUCUGCAAUGUUUCUUGCGCAGAAGUGGACUUGUUGGGUGUCUAGGUCAUAAGAGAAACUUUCGUAGCAACACCAGUAUGCAUGCUUCUAAUAACCCCUCUAGAAGAUCCGGCUCUGUUGACAGUUUGUUGAAAUACACGUCCAGCGAAACUUAUCCGGUCCUUCAGGCUUCCAGCCUGCAACACUGGUUUAAAAACUGGCAAGAACUUAGGAAAUACAAACUGACAGCUAGUACUUUUGCUGGUGCUAUUGGAUUUUGGCCGCGGCGAAGGGUUCAGCUGUGGCUAGAGAAGAUUGGUGCUAUUGAACCAUUCCAUGGAAACCUUGCCACCUGUUGGAGCAAUAUCAAAGAGGAGGAAGCACUUGAAAGAUACAAACUCAUAACUGGAAAUACCGUGCUGUUUCCGGAAUUUCAGGUCUAUAGUGUAAAACCAGAGGACGAUUGGCUUGCUGCUUCACCGGAUGGUGUAGUGGUGUAUGAGUUGCCUUCUUCUGGAGUCCUAGAGAUAAAGUGUCCAUAUUUUAAUGGCGACAAGAACAAAGCUUUCCCUUGGUCUCGAAUUCCACUUUACUGUAUUCCUCAAGCUCAGGGUUUAAUGGAAAUUCUAGGAACGGAUUGGAUGGAUUUUUAUGUUUGGACGCUUAAUGGUAGUAGUCUAUUCAGGUUAUAUCGUGAUGCAGAGUAUUGGGAUGUAAUGAAAACAGCACUAUCUGAUUUCUGGUUGAAUCAUGUCCUACCAGCCAGAGAGUUGUAUAGUAGUAAUGUCAUAACAGAUCCCCUUUAUCAAUUACGAUCACUAAGACCAGCUCCGAGACAUGAAUUAUGUAGUUAUAUUGUUUAUAAAAGCAAACAUAUCGUUGAUAAUUCAAAGUUGUUGAUGAGGGAGAUUAAUGGGAAACUGCAAAAUUGAUACCUGCAGCUGUUAGAGGAGAAUCAUUAACAAGUUCUUUAUUAUAGAUACUAUGACAUUUGAGUGGUUAGAUUGAAUCAAUAUAGUUUGUGGAGAUAUUGAUUUUGCUUAAGGCUCUGUUUGUGAGUCCUAUUUUGAGGGGGAAGGAGGGGAACGGAAGGGAGAGGCUUCCAACAAGCCCUCCCCUUGUUUCUGAGUUUUUAAAAUUGGGGGGAAGGGGUUUGGGGUAUUUUUAAAACCCUCCUUCAGACACAUUUUGAAGUUCCCCCAAUUUGGGGGUUAAACCUGCGAAAUGACAUUUUUGCCUCACAAUACGUUAAAAUAAUUCAUUUCAUUAUCAUUUUCUUCUGGAUCGGUUCUCAGCUGAGAAACCCUUGAAGAGCUUUGUAUCUCCUCCUAGCCCUCUCUCAAAACCUGUCUUCUUCAUCAACAAGUGUUCUGGCAGCCUUGGUGAAGAACAAAGUUGUGCCUGAUCCUUUUUGGAGCCUUGGAAAUGAGGCAAUCUUAGAUAUUGCCGACUCUGGAAGAGACUAUUACACUUUCUGAUUCUUUACUACCUUUCACUGAAAGCUGGUAGGUUAGGAAUUCUGCUCUGCUCUCUCUUAUUAUACCAUUUUAGAUUGAUUAACUGGUCUUCAGUGCUGUGUGCACCUGUUCCCCUCUUCUCGCUUAAAUAUCGCCGUAUAAUGUUGCUCUUUUUAUUACGGAUUUCUUUUUAUCUCGAAAUUUAGCUAUAUGUUAAUUUUAGUUGAGCCAAAUUGAAAUGUGAUGCUUUGAAGUGAGUUUAUGGACUUGGUUUUCAACCCAAAUAGCAUUCAGUGCUUUAUAAAGUUCAAGAGUUUGCUUUGAACUUGUUUGUUGCAGAUUUUGAGGUUGAAUUCUUUCUUUGUCCACUUCUGGUUGAUCAGAGCUAUUGUAUAGAGAUAAUUUCCAGUGAAAUGUUAGAUGAUGAGGAAAUCUAUGUUAGCUUCCAACCUAUGUAAUGUACUAAACUUGUUUGAUUAGUCAGCUGAACGUGUUCUUGUAUGAAUGAUCAGGUAUGAUGCUUUCUAGUUCUCACUUGUCACUAGUUAUUUAUUUAUUUGAUUGCCAUAUAAUGCUCAUGAUGCUUUCUAGUUCUCACUUGUCACUAGUUAUUUAUUUAUUUGAUUGCCAUAUAAUGCUCAUUCAUUUGUAGUUACUUUGCUAUUUGUAAUAACAGAACUUAGCAGGUACUUUUCAUAUGAACCUGUUAAUGCUGAAGUGCUUCUUUGUAAAUGCUUGACUACAGUUUCCUAAUAAUGCUCCUGGAAUGUUUAUAAUAGCUCUGAAGCCUUCAAAAGAUUCAUCUUACAAUUUUGAAAUUGGGUGGGGGUAAAGGGAGUCGUCAUUGUUUGGUGGUAUGUAAAAGGAUAGUCGUAUUGGGAAAUUGCAAGUUUUUGUUUAUGUUAUUGAACUUAGGGCAUUCAACAUUGGCCUAAUCUCCCAUGUUGCAGUUUUUUUUUUCUUUCUUUUUUAAUUUAGUUUAUCCAUAUAGAUCUCCUAAAGUUCUCUAUUCCUUAGUCCUGUUUUUUGUUUAUUACAUGAAUGCACAAAGUAAAUAGGUCGAACACAAAACAAUGCUCAUUCAUUUGUAGUUAACAUAAUGGUCUAGUUAGCUAUGUAGUUUGUUUUGGAUAUCACUUGUGUUAACAUAAAACACAUUCAUUUCAAUUUAUGAGAAAAGUUUCGUUCACUUUUUACCUCGUAGUGAGUAUUAAUGCUCGUUAGCAUCAGGUAUUCAAAUAUACCACUACUAUAAAAUUGGUGCUUCGACUUUGGAUCAAAGAGGCUUUUCCUAUAGGGUUUUAAUUCAUUCACACCCAACUUUCUAUUUCAUUUCAUUUUCACUUACUUUCUUUUC